GCACAGGAUUCUUGCUUUGUGGGAUGGGUUCUGUCUUUUGUCAUUUUAUUACUGGGUGUGCCACGAAGCUAGUUGAACCACCCAGGGCAGCCUUUCAGCAUUGUUCCUGCCCUAGGAAAGCAGUAUAGGCUCUUGUUUGUGCUUCGUAUGGUGCUUAGAGUUUAGCUAACUGUCAAUAAAAGGCUGCAGUCUUCCACUGUAGUGGAAACACAAUAUGUCUACUUAACGGCUGUAUCCCAGUAUGUUCUUUCCUGAGAGCUCCAGCCUACUGGAGGGCUCUGCAUCUUGCACAAAACUCCUUUCUUGCCCCGCUCUUAAAGCAAAGCUAUGAGUCUAUGCUGUCUGCUCUAGAAAUCAGUAUCUAAUCAUGUCAGUAAUUACAGUGAGGCUUUCAAGUGUGUAAUUUCUUCGUGUGAAACAAUGACUGGAGCUUGCAACACUUAGGUUGUACAUCUUCAUGCUUGACCUUUGAUAGAAUAACCACAAUUGCCCAAAGCAACAGAAUUGACUAUAUGAUGAGUUGUGAGCUGUUAUAUCUUAGUGUAGUCAGUCCUUGCAGAGGUCCAUCAGAGUAAGUAGCUUCAGUUUCAGCUUCAUAACUCAAAAUCAAAAGCUGAUUUAGUGAACACAUACUGCUUUUCUCAGGUGGCUAUGUCUGGCAUUACAUCAUGAGCAAGCUUCUGGAUCUCGCACAAAGAAAAGAUGAAUUGCUUUUAAAACUGUCAUAAAUAAUUAAAUGUUCUGCCAAUUUCACUUCUGGCUUCUCUGAAGUGGUGUUUAAUAGGGAUGUGAAUAACUGUAAAUCAUGUAAAUAUAGAUUUGCCCUAAUUAUGUCUUGAGGUUUUAAAGUAAAUGUCAUAAGAAUUUAAGCUCUAAGUAUGGCUUCUUUUUCUUCUUGUAAACUUCAGCAGCACUGUUAGUUUAAAACAAGCUGAUUGGCAUAUCAAGGUUUGACAUUUUAGUACAAAAUGCUCUCUCUUUCACGGGACUGAAUGUAAUUGUUGGAAACUACAGAUUUGGAGUGGUAUCUCUUCAGGAGUUGCCCUGUAUCUGCAGUAAGGAUCCUGUAGCAUUUGUUGCAGCUGUGUUGGCUGUAGAGCUUUGGGGCCGGUGUCUGCUUCUGGAGGAGCUGAAUGACCUUGUUCUGCCCUCUUCUGGGAGCAUAAUAGCUGUUCCAGUUUCACGUGAGCAUGGGGAUGGCUGCAAGACCUUAGCUGGAACUGUUAGCAGCAGGCAGCGUGGUUCUAUUUUAGGCUUCUGCAUACAUGUGAACAUCUUGCGUCUUAAAAAAGAAGGUUGGAUUCUGUUAGCACAAAAGCAUUGAGCUAAGGGGCUUGUUUGAAUUUGUUUUUUUUUUUUAAGAUUUUACCAAAACAAAAAAAAAAAGGUGGAAUGUGCACUUGUGAAACUGGCUUGCCAGUUGAUUAUUGCUACAGUUAAUAAGAAAGCAGUGGAACAAGCAGAUAGGUUAAUCAAGGAUGUACUAACAAUGCACCUUGAUUCAGACUGCUGCUUGUAACGAAGAUUCAGCUUGACCUCUGAAGUAGGCCUGAUUGUCUACUUACCAUAGGCAUUUGUUAAGUGAUCAUGGAAGCCAUUAUGAUGGGAGUAACUAAUAGUAGUAUAGAUCAGCAUUAAUAGUUCUGGUAAUUACAUGAUGGCUUAAAUGAAGCCUGUACAUUCCUGGUGUGUACAUGGCAUGUUAGGUCACUGACUGUUAUAGCUUGUAUCUAAUACAGCCAUGGUUGGCCUGAGCUUAGUGACAGCAAGACCUCUGGCAAUGUUUGGUUUAAUCUACUUAAAUAUAGGUAUAUGGAGAAUUCAUUGACUUCAGAGCUUUUACAGUGAAGCUGUAGCAGUUUAGCUUUGUUCUAGACAAACCUUGAGGGCUUUUGACAUCUGUUUUAAACUAGCUUAGGAUGGGAGUUUGGAUGCUUUGUUGUCUGCAGGGCAGGAAAGAUUUUCUAUGAAUCAUAAUGAGGUUUUUGUUCUGCAAGGUAAAUGACACUUCAACAGUAAACAUUUCACAUAGUAACAACUCUUGAAGGAAAUAACAGUUAAAUUAACCAAGGUUAUUGUCAAGGUUACUUGGUUUACAAGGUUACUGACUUGUCUUUCAUUUCUUGUGAGCAUCAAUCAUAUAUGAAUUAUGAAGGAAACUAAUAUUUUGUUUCUCUUUCUCCCAUUUGCUUUUUUGAAUGGCAAACAAUGAUGGCCCACUUCAACAGCACGCACUUUUGGGGCCCAGUAGCCAAUUGGGGACUUCCUGUUGCUGCUAUUAAUGACAUGAAGAAAUCUCCAGAAAUCAUUAGUGGCCGAAUGACAUUUGCACUGUGUUGUUACUCCUUGACUUUCAUGAGAUUUGCCUACAAAGUGCAGCCAAGGAACUGGCUUCUCUUUGCAUGCCACUUGACUAAUGAAGUUGCACAAAUUAUUCAAGGAGGGCGACUGAUCAAAUACAGGUUGGAGAAAAAGAACUAAAUAUCUAACUUGAACUAAGCCAAGGAAUAUGGUCGUCCUGAAUUACAACCAAGGAAGAUCUGCCAUCUACAGUUGCUGUGACAAAGACAAUGGGGAUAAAACAAAAGCACCUGUUGUGAAUGACCCCAUCAAUAAUAUUUCUAAUUUUUAUCUUGCCUUUUUAAAAGUACUAUACAGCAAUGGGAACCACUGCUUCUAAUGUUUUGUUGCCUUAUUUGUCCUUAGUAACUACCCUUCUGACUGAGUUUGUUACUCAAACAACCAGCACUAUUUGAAAACAAAUUUCUUAUUAUGAAAAUAAAAUAGCUUGUGAUGACUUCACAAACUUGUUUCCAAAUUAACUGGAACAGAGGUCAGUAAAACAGAACUGUAGGUGGUAUUAUUCUAUACAUUAACAUAUACUUAAAAGCCAUUUAACUUGGGUGCAUUCAUUCCUAGUCUCUCUUUUUUUUUUUUUUUU